GAGGAGAGGUCCCCAAAGGGUGUCUGGCAAGAGCAGUAGCCUUCUACUGGGGCGGGACUACAACAGUCUCCUCAGAUUUGGCAAGGCGCCACUCCUCUAGCCAUCCUCCUCCCUAAGCCCUUGCUCAGCCCCUCUGCACCUCCCCUCCCCCAACUCCUAAGUCCAGGGAAUUUCCGCAGCAUCUCCUGCCUUCAGGAAGAGACAAGCGCAGAUAAAAAGGGGGUACAGCUGGUUUGAGAACAACACAGUGCUCUAGAGCCACCUCCAGCACCUCUCGAAUCAGUGCUCCCUGGUCCAGGAUCUUGUCCACAAUGAGCCUCGUGCCCUGCCGCUCAGCCCGCAUCCUUGGCGGUUCCCGCUCGCUGUUCGCGCGGCUGGCGUUUCUGUUGCUGCUCACACUGCCGCAGCAUCUAGCUGAAGGGGGUCCUGCCGCAGCAGCAGCGGCAACAGAGCUGCGUUGCGUUUGCUUAAGCGUAACUCCGAGAAUUAAUCCCAAAAUGAUCGCUAAUUUGGAGGUGAUCACUGCAGGUCCACAGUGCCCCAGGGUGGAAGUCAUAGCUAAGCUGAAGAAUCAGAAGGAGGUUUGUCUGGACCCAGAAGCUCCUGUGAUGAAGAAAGUCAUUCAGAAAAUACUGGACAGUGCAAAUAAGAAAACUAAGAGGAAUGCACUUGCUCUGGAAAAAUCGCCCAGUGAUCAAUAGAAAAAUUUCCAAGGACUCUGGCCCCAAUGAAGACAAGAAGGAAGAGCUAAUUCCACCCCCGCCCCCGCCCCAGUAAUUUUCUUUGUGAACUCCCUGCUUUGAAGGGCAAAGGGAAACCGCUGUCCCUGGAGCUUUCCCCUCAGUUUAUGCGUGUACUUAGCAAAGCAUAUCAGAUUUUUUUUUUCUACCAUCUGUUACACUAUUGCAAAUGGUGGCAUUUUAGGGUGUAAGUCAAGAAUCUUUGGUUGUUAACCUUUCAGAAUGUCUUGAAGUGAAGGUGACUGUUGCAUUUUGUCUCAGAAAAUGUAUGUAUGUAUGUGUGUGUAUAUACAUGUGUAUACCUUGUAGUGUUCUUGGGAAGGCUAUGGAAUUAACAGGUUACUGAAGUUCUGUUAGAAGCUGUUGAUGGGGACACCCUCAUUCUCUCUCUCAUGAAAUGGGAGCUAUUUUAUUGUUUCAACUGGGUGUGUUGAGUUUUUCUUAAAAGUGGUAUAUAACUUUUAUGGUGUUAGCAAGCUUGUAUGUCAUGCAGAAACCUGUAUAGAAUACAUUUCCAUUUUAGAAUUUCUAAAUGUGUAAGUUCUAGAAGGAUUAAUGUAUUCUCAUCUUACAAUUUUAGACAUUUGAUGUCUUCUUAGUAUGGCAUAAUGUCAUGACUUAUUGUCAAACUGAUUGUGUGCUAUUUAUUAACUAGUUUAUUAGUAUUAUUAUUUGGGUCACAAAAUCCAUGUUCUAGGUAGAUGAAGAAGAUAAGAAUCAGGUAAAUUUCUUGCCUGGUUUUCAUAAAAAUUCAUUUAAGAGAUUUCUAGUAAGAGAAACUUUAGCAAAUAUCUAUAUUCUUAGAGUUUUGAAAGCAUACUAAACAUGCUUGAGUGUGAAUACAUCACUUUGCCUCCUCCAAACACACAGUGCAGUGCUUUGGUAUUUAGAUGUCUGUAGUGGGUCUUUUUGAGAAUUUAACUGCUUCAU